UUCUGCUUAUGACAGGGCAUGUUCUUAGAUGGGUGAUAGCGCCGUGAAUUUACACAACUCUGUCUUCUUUUGUAUGAUCUGCAGACAUGUUUCUUCUCUACUGCCUUCUCUCUGCUCUCAUCAGAGUGUCCACACCAUGUCAAUCCAGCCUGUGUCUGGUUGGCAUCAUCGGGCAGAACAUCACAUUGCCGUGCUGGUACAACAGACAUUCCGGCGGGAUUCUCAACGCGUGCUGGGGGCGGGAGACCGUGCCCAUGUCCAAGUGCUCCAGGACCAUCAUCUCCAUCCAGGGAGGCAGGGUCACGCCGCAAGCCUCCCCCAGAUACGUCCUACUCAGUGGGAGAGAAGAGGGCAACGUGUCCCUGACCAUCCUCCAUGCUCGGGAGAGCGACUCGGGCAUGUACGGCUGCAGAGUGGAGAUCCCAGGGUGGUUCAACGACCUCAAGAUCAACAUCCACCUCACCGUGGAUUCGGACAGUACAUUGCAACAUGAAUCUGAUCAGAAAUCUGUUGCCGUAGCGCCGGUUGGCCUGGACCCCAUCGCCAUGUCAACCGCAAGGCCGAGGGACAAGGUACAAGAGAUAUUGACAACACUGGGAGUUAAAUCUGAGAGCUUGCUUGGCCAUCAGGAACAGCAAAAGGUGACCGUGUUGUUGAUGCAUUCAGCGAAGACGGCUGCCAUCUUCCUGAUCCCACUGGCAGUAAUCCUGGUGUUCAUCCUGGGGAGAAGGAGUAGACAGAGACUGGAGGUGACACCAGGCCAGGAGGAGAACAUCUACGAAGACAUGCAAUUGUUUGCCAGAUAGGGAACUGUCACCAGUCAAUCUCUGACUGCACGACUGAGUAAUGUCUGCAGCCAGUCCCCUGGGAGAAAUGGCAAGAUUGAGAAUAAAGUGUUUUCAGAGCUGAGCAGAGGUAGCCUAUAGGAUCAUCGCUCUCUAACCCUCAGAGCUUUGUUACCAGCUUCAGUAGAGAUGAGGCUUCUACACAGAAGAUCAGGAGUUCAAGCUUUCACACAGGUACAACGUAUACACUUUGUUAGCUGUGAAGAGUGUUCCCUAACUCACCACGACGGAGAACACAUUUCAACUCUUAUUUGUUUAUAGAGAUUAAGGAAGGAAAUAUCAACCACACAGGCUGCAGUAUAGUUCUGUUGUCUGACAUUGCCGGUGUAUAUAUAUCCUUGGCGUGUGUAACCGGAGCUAUAUAAAUACACAGCGACUCUGUGUUACCCGUACAGUAGCCUAGAAACCAAUACAUUUUGUUUGAUUAGCUUUCUGUGAGCUAGCAUUCUGAUGAACUUGGAAGUUGAGAUGUUUUUUAACCCCAAAUGCCUGAGACCUGCUGUUCAUGCCAAUAGAGUUAGGGUUGGGUUAGGGUCGAGUAUGUAUACAUGGUAUCUCCCAUGCCAGCUCCUGGUCUGGUUUUGCUGGUCCACCUGCAGAAAGCAGAGCCACAGCGCCGUCUGGUGGAGAGCAAGGGCACGACCCCAAAGCGACAAAGCUGUCGGAAUUCUACAACCAGUGUGCUCCCCACAAAGGACUAUAAUAACAUUUAGAACAGAAUGCCGUCAAGUUUGCUACUGUACAGAUAUUAACUUUUAAUACAUGAUUUAACUAAUGUCAAUUAUUUUUUAUUAUUUUUACACGUUACUAUGCAACCAUUAAAUGGUCAGUCAACUUAAA